AUGAAUAGACAACUAUCUUGCGAUUCUCUUGUUGGAAUUAACCCCGAGUCUGCUCAACUAUGUAACAUCACAAUUAAAUCUUCCACGUUUAUGAACUUUAAUAAUCUUGCAGAUAUAUCAAGAUCAAGCGCACUCAGGAUAUGCUCUAAUUCUCGACAAAUUACUAUAGUUUUGGAUACAUUACGUUUUGAAAACAUUACCUGUUAUUAUGCGGUGAUUUACAUGUAUUUAUUGUACGAAAAAGAACAAGAAACACUUAUUGCUGGUAUCUUGAACACUGUAUUUGUAAGCACUACCAGAGCAGUCAUGUGCGUUGCCGACUGGCCAUCUGUUACAUUUUUCUCCUACUUCAUGGUAAAGUUUUACAAUAAUACGUUUAACAUUACACAUGGUAAAUUUGGAAACGAAGGGCCGAUAUAUCUUGCUGGUGGUGGUUCAUACUAUUUCUCAUCAUGUCAUUUUUUUCAAAAUGCUCCUGUGCACAAUCCUAUGUUUCCACUUAUUCAUUUUGGAGGUGUUACCAAGGUAACGUUUGAAAACUGUUCAUACGAAAGUUAUCCAAUCAUAAAAACUAGUCGAAAUGGAAGUUUGUCCAACAGCAACAUGUUCUACGUUAUAUCAUACGAAACAACUGACGCACUUUUUACUAUUGAGGGAUAUCUAACAAUUCUUUGUCCCCAAGGUUAUACGGUGAAUUUAGACACCAACUGUUAUAACUAUUCAGAUAUAGUGACAAAAUGCAACUUAUUUUCUGUGUUCUGCGAGCAAUGUCCGCGACACACAUACUCUUUAGACGGAGGAGAAGCUCAUAAUACCGGCCGAUCCAACCGCAUCACCUGUCAAGAGUGCCCUGUGGGUGGGAACUGUGUCGAAGGCCAAGUGACAUCUAAACCUAAUUUCUGGGGAUACAAGUCAAACCGUCAAGUCAAGUUUCAUCAAUGUCUUCCCAAAUACUGUUGUGAUACUAACCAAUGCGAGCAUUACAACAGUUGCCAUGGUAACAGAAUGGGUACCCUGUGUGGUGAAUGCCCCAGUGGAAUGUCGGAAUCUCUAUUUGACACAAAAUGUAAAGCAAACAAAGAUUGCACAAGUGUUACGUUUUGGCCAGCGAUCUCAGCUACCUUAACUCUUUAUCUCUUAUUUUUCUUGUACAAAAAAGAUAUCAUCAAUUUUGUCUUGGGGCGUAUUACACCAAGAUAUUUUUUGUCUUCCAGAAAUGGUCGAAACUUCAAACCCGGCGGCUUCCUAAAAAUAAUAUUUUAUUAUUAUCAGAUUGUUCAUUUGUUACGCAACUCUGUUGGCUCAGAUGUAAAAGAUCAAUUCUUUGAUGACCUAGAAAACUUUUUAUCCCGGGCAUUCAAUUUUCUUAUCAUUAGUAUUCCUUCCAUUGAUUGUCCAUUCCAAGAUCUUCGUCCUGUUCAAAAAGCGGUCAUCGUUCAUUCUGUAGGAUAUAGUUUGUUAACACUUCUUUGUUUAUUGUAUCUUUCUAUAUUUGUAUUCAAGGUAGUUAAGAAACUGAGGACUAGAUCUACUCAGCAGACGGUUGCUGGUACCGAAACAAUGGAUCAUAGUCCUAAUUUAGAAGAGAAUCCUUUUCUGGGACGUAUUGCAGGGGCCUUUGCUAAUAUUUCACUUUUGACGUACGCAUUGUCCACUCAACUCUGUCUUUCCCUUCUUCACUGUGUACCAGUUGGUGACAACCAAGUUUUAUUUCUUGAUGGUCAUGUGAAAUGUUACAAAACAUUUCAAUAUUUUCUUUUUGUUUACAUGAUUUCUUCCAUACUUCCAUUUUGUCUUGUUCCUGUUCUCGGUUCGUAUCUUUUGAAAUUAAAUCGUAUUUCUGUAGCACAGUUUUGUCUUGCUUGUAUCUUUCCACUGCCAUUCUGUUGUUAUUGGUCGUAUUUGUUGGUACGGAAUUCUUCGUGGUGGAUGAGACCUUCUCGUCGUGUAGAAACAAAUGACCAAAUACAAGAUGAUGCAAUUGAUGAAAACUCUACUGAUUCAACUACAAUUGAUGGCAGGGGAACUGUGAGUGGAAAUUCAAACCCAGAAACCGAAAAUUUGAGCACAGAAACCGCGUCGAGGGGCAGUAAAGCGGCAGUACUUCAAGUCCUUCUUGGUCCAUUCAGGCCACACAAGGCAAUUUUUAUUUUCCCUUCCUCGCAUCUUCCAUGGGAAGGUUUUCUUAUUCUUCGAAGACUGGUAUUGAUUUUGGUCAUCACGUUUGUGCACGACACUCGUGUGAAGGCAACUCUAUUCAUGAUAGUUUGUACAGUUAUUUUACUGCCUCAUGUACUGAUUAAGCCUUUCAAGAGCGCGAGCGAUAACGUACUUGAAACUUUAUCCCUUGCAGUGCUGAUAAUCAUCUCUGGUUUUAGUUUGAUUAAAAGUAUUUAUUAUGGUGAAGAUUCGGACUCCAGUAGCAAGGCUUUGUUACAUAUGAUCAACGUGAUUGAAAAUGUUCUUAUAAUUUUUCCCGUUGCUCUCAUACUUUCUUUGGUAAUGCUUUCCAUUCUUUUGAAACUGGUAAUGGUGUUUCGGCUUUGCUUUCAAGCUGCAUUCAGGCGAUUGAAACUGUUUAAAGAAAUUAAUCAAAGACCGUCCGAGAACUGUACUCCUGAAGAGCAACAGUCUCUAUUUUCAUCGUGAGAGUAAAAAAUUUGACUCAACAUCCAAGAGAAAUAAUUUCCCAUGUUUCCAGACGAUGUGACGGGGUGCUAAGAAUCUGGAACUAGCAAUGGAACAGAAAUCAGUUUCGAUGGAUUUAAUUCAUUUUGUAUUUUUGGUUUCUUUAUGGAAGUGUGGAAAACUUAAAAAUAUUUUUAAUGAUGGAAAUCACAAGUUCAUGACAAAUCUAGAAAGAUAACAAUACGAGUAAUUUUAAAAUCCGAAAAUGGAUUUCUAUUGGACAAGCAAUCAGGUCUAUAUACAGCUAAUUCAUUUAAGGUUAUCUCUGAAAGUCAAAACCUUCGACCGUCGAACUCUAAGCGCGAAAUGCACAAUGGGCAUGUUUACAUUAUGAAUUGUUUAUGCAUGCAUGUUAGCACGAUCUAGUUGUUAUAUUUUGCUAAUUAAGUAUAUGUCUAAUAUUUGUGCAAAUCGAUCAAGUGAAUUUAAUCCCCAAAGCAGAGUGAAGCAUACUCAUAAAUAACAUUCUCAUAAAUAACGUUACGAACAUAGAUAUCUUAUAUACACUAGAUAGUGCAUCUAAUUAUUCUGCAAUUCAAAAAUUGAAGCCGUGAUUGCAGUCUCAGGUCGUUCCCAUGAAAUGAGAAGAUUCGUAUAUUUUCUAUUUCUUGAACAGGGAACUUAAACAUUAAGUUAACCCUAUUGCAAAUACGUUUUUAAACUAUUCAAAUGAUGAAAGUUAAUGUUGUUUUUAAGCGUUUAUUAGCAAGUGGGAACGACCAACAUGGCCGCCAUCUAUUCAAAUGGUGGUAACCGCUGGAAUAUUCUUGACUUCAAUGUUACUAAAAGAGAUGCGCUAUCUAGUGUAUAUAAGAUAUCUAUGGUUACGAAGUUGAAAAACUAUCAAUUCUUCCGGGUUUGCUGCUGUAUUAGGUUAGACGAGCGAAUAAAAUCCGAAAUAGGUGAAAAUCACGGGAAUUCGUAAAUAUAUAAAUCGCUUUUUUACGUAAAAGCAAAACAACUUGUGAGACGUAGCAACCGUAACUACGGAGUCUGGGAACUAUGAAUUAAUUUGUAUGCCAACCCAUCCUGCCUUUCGCGCUUUGAGGUCAAGGGUUUUACCUUCAUGAAAGGACAAUCUUAAUUGAAUUAGCUGUAUAUCUGGAGUACUUCAGUCAUUCGGCCAAUGAGAGAAGUGAAGCCAAUAUGGCGGAGAUUGAUGUCCAAAAUCUCUGAAAGUCGUAAACAGUUUCAGCAUAACAUUUUCGCAGCCACUGUUUUUUCUAACAGAUCGUAUUGCUUUCAUUCGCAAUAAAAGCACGAAAUCUCGGCACACCCUUGUAAAUUCGUGUUGACCGCGCUGAUAAAGUAAAAGAAAAGGACUGGCACUUGACGUCAAUUUGCGCCAUCUUGGCAUCACCCUUUUCAACCGAGUUCUCGCUCCAGAUAUAUAUAUAGAGAGAGCUCAGUGAUGUGGUGUGGUGUGGUGUUACCGAGCUCAUUUUCACAGCAAUGAGAUAACAUAAGUCAUGACUGGAUGAGUUAACAUUGUAUGAAAUCAUAAAGUGUAGUUUACAUAUUAGAUUAGAGUAGUAGACAAAAUAAAAGGGACAAUUGUAGACUGUUUUGGUGUUAAAAUUCUAUUAAAUAGGACAAUAGUGCGUAUUAUAGGUUUUCAAGGGAACUUAAUCUAAAUUUCAUUGUAAAAUGAAAUGUCAAACUAGUAAUCUAUAUUUGCAAUCGAUAAUUUUAUUUGAGUAAUAAAAAUUA